AUGUCCGCCUCCGCCGAUUCCCGCGCACGUCCGUCCGUCAUGAGCUUGUUGAAAUAUCGCAACAGGUACACCGACGCCGUCGAGUUCAAGAUCCGCACCACGGCCAAUACAAACGUUGUUUACUUUAAUGGGAGACUCUUGGCUCUUAAGGAAGAUGCUCCGCCCUACUCUAUGGAUCCCGAAACACUAGAAACACAUGGGCUCUAUACUUUUGACGGCCAACUCCCGAGUUUGACGUUUACCGCCCAUCCCAAAUUCGACCCGGACACGGGGGACAUGAUCUGCUUCGGAUAUGAAGCCAAGGGUGAUGGAACGCCCGACGUUUGCUAUUACCAGAUUCGUCCCGACGGCAAGCUUGUGGAGGAAGUUUGGCUCGUCGCUCCGGUCGUCGGCAUGAUUCAUGACUUUGCAGUGACCAAAAACUGGGUCAUAUUCCCGAUUAUACCGCAAAUUUGCGAUAUUGAGCGCCUAAAGCGCGGAGGAGAACACUGGCAAUGGAGUCCAGAGACGCCAUUUUAUGUUGGGGUUCUCCCACGGAAGAGGGCCCGGUCGGGUGAUGUCAAGUGGUUUCAAUACCGCAACUCCUUCCCAGGUCAUACCGCCAACGCGUAUGAAGAUGACUCUGGCGCGCUGAUUGUGGAUCUCGGCUUGAGUGACCGGAACGUCUUUUUCUGGUGGCCUGACUCCGAAGGCAAUGCUCCCGAGCCCAGCUCAAUUCACUCACAACUUGUGCGGUUCACAAUUGACCCAGCGUCGGAUGAUCUCUUGUUGAAAGAGCCAGAGGUGCUCCAGGAGGCCAACUCCGAGUUCUAUCGGAUUGAUGACCGCUUUGCCAUGCAAUUUUACCGACAUUGCUAUUUUGACUCCAUGAUUCCAACACUGGGAACUGAUUUCCCUGCUAUCGCAAGGAAGCUUGGGGGCGGACACCCGCUUUACAACUCCAUCACGCACCUCAAUCUGGAAACCCGCGAUGUCGAGGUAUAUUUCCCGGGGCCCACGCACAUGGUGCAGGAGCCGGUUUUUAUCCCCGCCGGGGAUCCACUGAGGAGGGUGACGGUUAUCUCCUGGUACUGGUCAAUAACUAUGACACCAUGCACAGCGAGCUACAUCUACUGA